UCCGCUGUAGGGGGAAGGGGGAGGGCAAAAAAAAAAACAAACAAAAUGGCUGCCGCCACAGAAGUAGCGUUGACUGAAUCACACGUGGGAAAGAAAAAGAAAAAAAACGCUGUUAAAAGGUAUUGGGAAACCACAGAAGAGAAUGAAACGGAAGAAAAAAAUGAACAGAACAGAACUCAACCAAACAAGGAGGAGAGAAAGAGGAAAACUGAAACACAGGGAAUGAAGGGAGGUCAGAAAAAGAAGAAAACACUUAAGGGAAAGAAGACUCUAUCUGGGAACAGUGACCCUUUCCCUGGACCUGCCCCAAUCCCAAAGGAGAACAUUCAGAAAUUUGAAAGAGGAGAUGCAACAAAACUGUCCUCAGAAACCAGGGGAAAACUGAAACAUACCCUGCUGCAUUCUGAGAGCGCUUCUGACUUGGCCAAAACACAGGCUGCACGCUUUGACCUGCUGCUCCCUGAGGAUGCUGGGUUUUUGGAAGCCGACGAAGAUGAGGAAACGUGCACCAUUGCGCAGGAAGAUAUUGCAGAAGCUGUAGACAUCACUUCUGCCACAAAGUACUUCAAUCUGUCUCUCACGCAGUUUGGCCCUUAUAGGCUGGACUACACACGAAAUGGACGCCAUCUUUUGCUUGGCGGCCGACGGGGUCACGUGUCAUGCUUCGACUGGCAGUCCAAACAGCUGAUGUGUGAGAUUAACGUCAUGGAAACUGUGAAUGAUGUCAGGUGGCUCCACACUGAGACCAUGUUUGCAGUUGCUCAGAAGAAGUGGCUGUAUAUCUACGACUCCUCUGGGAUCGAGCUGCACUGCAUCCGCAGAUUCAACGACGUGCUCCGCAUGCAGUUCCUUCCUUACCACUUCCUGCUCGCUACAGCGAGUUCCACAGGGUUCUUGCAGUACCUGGACGUGUCCGUGGGGAAAGAGGUAGCUGCUACAUGUACUAAGGCGGGCCGGCUGGAUGUGAUGGCGCAGAAUCCCUACAACGCCAUCAUCCAUCUGGGCCACCCCACUGGCACUGUCACCAUGUGGUCCCCGAACCAGAGGGAGCCGCUGGUGAAGAUGUUAUGCCACCGCGGGGGCGUGCGCUCGCUCGCCGUGGAUAAGACCGGAACGUACAUGGUGACCUCUGGGCUCGAUAGAAGGUUAAAAGUGUUCGACAUCAGAGCGUUCCGGCCCUUGCAGUCCUAUGGUUUGCCAGCAGGGGCGUCGUGUCUGUCUCUGAGCCAGCGGGGGCUGCUAUCCGCUUCUACUGGAGACACUGUUCAGGUCUACAAGGACGUGUGGGGGACACCUGUGAAAAAGCCCUACAUGGCUCACCGCGUGCAUGGCUCAGUGUGGGGGGUGCAGUUCUGCCCCUUUGAGGAUGUUCUGGGCAUCGGCCACUCAGAGGGCUUCACCAGCAUGAUCGUUCCAGGCGCUGGCGAGCCCAACUUUGAUGGACUGGAUGCGAACCCGUAUCGAACUGUGAAGCAGCGCCAGGAGUGGGAGGUCAAAGCCCUCCUGGAGAAGAUCCAGCCAGAGCUGAUCUGUCUGGAACCAGCCAAGCUGGGAGAGGUGGACCGGGCCUCCUGGGAGCAGAGGCACCGAGAGAAAGUGGAGCGACUGGGAUUUGACCCACUCGCCAAGGAAAAGUUUACGCCGCGGCAGAAGAAAAAAGGCCGGAGUUCAACUGGGAACAUACAGAAGCGCAAGAAACAAGUGGCACAUGAGGAUCAAAGGGAGUUGAUGACAAAGACUGUGGAAGAGAGACUGAUAAAAGAGAAAGAGAUGUCGCAGAAGAAAAAGACAACACAGGGCCAGGGGUCUGCUCUAGACCGAUUCAAUAAGUAGGACAGUGGAACUGUGUCCAGAUGCCUCCUGGCAGAUAUGGAGUGUCCAAUGAACUUCUGUUCCAUCGCUUAGCUGGCCUGCAAGAAAGUGGCUUCACUGGAGAAUAUUAAGCUGAGAUAUGAGAUAUUCUUUUGUAAGAAUGUACUUUCAUGGUGGUUAUUUGUGUAUUUUCUAAAUGCCAUAAGUCAAACCAAACAAUAUCCAAUAAAUGAUGUCAUGAUUUGUGACACAACAGUAUUUUGUAAA